AUGAAUAUGAAUGACAGUUUCUUCGACAACAUAGAAGUUGUGAAUUAAAAUGUAAAUACCUAUAGUAAACCAUAAACCAUUUGUAAAUCUUUGGAACGCUCGUUCGCUAUUUGCAGUAAUCCAACUAAGUAUGUAUGCCUUUGAAAUUUAUAAUUUCAGCAAAAUUAUUCAGCAACAAACUUAAUUUCAUAAAGACAUAGCUAUAUAAAAACAUCAAUCUUAUAAGCUAGAUUAAUUCUUAAAGUAAUAAACAAAAAGUUCAUAAAACAACAAUUAAUCUAAAAGCUAUCGUAGCAUUAAAUAAUAAGAUUACAAUACUAACAAUAUAACUUAGAAUCCAUAAAGUAAAAAAAUUACAUAUAUUUAGAAUCCUAUUUGAAAUAGUAAAUGAGAUUAAAAAUAAACUUAGAAAAUGAUGCUUAUUAAUCUAAUUUAAGACAUAAAACUUAAUCUUCACAUAACACAAUAAAUCCAUAUUAGGCAUCUCUAGCUACUUUAAUGAAGCAACAAGUAAUUUAUAAUCUUAAUUAAUAAGAUGUAAAAAUAAUAAUAAAGUUUUGCCAACAUCUGUAAGACUUUAAAUGAUGAAUCUAAACCAAGAAUUUCCUCCACACAUAGAUAAUCUAUAAUUCCUUAAAAAUUAACACAAAGAUAAGACUCCUUAAAUAUAAGAAAGAGUAAUUCAUUCUAUAUGCAGGAAUUUAGAAAGGUUUUUAGUAAAGGUAAAUAUAGUGUUCACAACAAUAUUUGA